AUGAAACGAUUUUUAGUAAAUAAAUCAACGGUGAGUACGGACAAGUCGAUCACAACAAAUUUAACGAAUUUAACUCCAACUGAUGCAAAACAGUUAGAAUCUAGUUUUGAUGAAGAAGUGUUUGACAUUAGUGACAAUAUUGAUGAACAAGCAGUUCAGCCUAGUAUUUCCUUGUUUCCUCGUCGGAUGAUAUACAAUAAAUAUCGAUCAUUCAAUUCGUCAUGGUAUUCAAAAUAUCCAUGGAUUGAGUAUUCUAAACAAAAAGACAGAAUUUAUUGUUAUUACUGUCGGCAUUUCGCUAUAAAUGUAAGUAAUACAUCUGGACAACAUGUUUUUAUUAAACAAGGCUAUUAUGAUUGGAAACGAAUAAAUUACUGA